AUGCCUCCUCCUGCCAAGAAACAGAAGCGCGAACGCAUGGAGCUCGAUGCAAGCAAUAUUCAUAUAGCAGAGUCCCAAAUCCUCCUUGCGACUAACGCCCCUCUGUUCUUGGAGCCGACUAGGGAUGCGGAAGAGACAAUUGCCCUUCUGGACGUCCUGGCGCAUCCCAAGCACUCGGAUUCGCCUCCUCAGCCUAAAACCAGGAAGAGGACCGUGGCGGAGAUGGCAGCCGACGAAGCGGCUGCGGCAGAUCAGGAGAGAUAUAUGCUCAUCUUGGACGAACGGCUCUCUUCCAGCACCAAUGGCGCACAAGGUGGAGGCAACGGGGCCGACAAGGAAGGCCCAGCUGUUGUGUCUACCUUUGAGCCGAGGUUCGAGCGCUUCAAGGUCAUUGCCGAUAUCAAGAGAGAGCAUGACGAGAGGAAAGAACAGGAGAAGGUCAAGGCGGCCGAGGCCGAGCGGAAACUCGCACAGGAGAAGCAGAAGCAGAUGCAGGAGCAGCAAGCCGUCAUUGCGGCUCAAAGACAAGCAGAAGCGGAGAAAGUGCGGCGCGAACAUCAAAUGGCCCAGGAACUCAAGGCUCGUCAAGAGCAGCAGCAGAGAGAACAGCAGAGACGGGCUAUGGCUGCACAAGCCGCUGCGAGCCAGGCUGCCCAGAACAACCAGAAUGCCGCGGCAAACAUGGCACAGCAGCAACAGGCGAAUGGUCCUAUGCCCAAUGGCACAUCCAGUGGCGUUGCAAGCGCCGUACCGGCCCAGGCUCGCUUCUCUCAAGCAUCUCAGCCUGCUGUGUCUUCGCCCGUUGUUCGCCAAGGAACGCCGCACAGCAUGUCGUCCCCCAUGCCCGGCGCAGUGCCCAUGCAGCAGUCCAACUCGCAAAUGGCCAACAGCCCUCCACGCCCACCAUCCGCAGUUCCUGGCCACCCAGCCAACGUUGGCGGCGUUCCGAUGUCGCACAGCAUGGAACACCUGGUUCUCGUCCGGCAGUGGCGGCUACACCUCGGAUGA